GCCCCUCACUCCCGCCGGCGGAUGGCGGCCGGCCCCCCGCGGCUCACGCGGUGGCUGGUGCUGCUCGUCGGACUGCGCGGGGCUGCGGCGGAGGAGCUGGGGCAGAUCCGCGGCCGCGUCUCCAUCCCGCCGAAGUUCACCCACGAGCUGCCGCCCUCCACGGGCGGCCUGAGCGCGAUCAGGGUGCUGCUCGACGGCGGCGCCCGCUCGGCGCUGCCCACGACCGACGGGCACUUCCUGAUCACGGGCGUGACGCCAGGCCCGCACCUGCUGCAGGUGGCGCACCCCCGCCUCAUCUUCGACCCUGUCCGCGUAGAGGCGCAGGAGUCGGGGGACGGCGCCAUGAAGAUGUCGGGGUACAUCGCCAGCUUCGAGCACGGCAGGGGGAACAAGCUGAAAUACCCGCUGAUGCUCCAGCCUUCUGGAAGCAGCAGCUACCUCGAAAAGCGCGAGGACUUCGACAUCCUGUCGGUGUUCAAGAGCCCCAUGACCUUGAUGAUGCUCUUCUCGUGCGGGGCCAUGUUCCUCCUGCCCAAGCUGCAGCCCAUGCUGGACGAGGAGAAGGAGAGGAACCGCCUGGAGAAGGAGGGCGAGGAGCCGGAGAAGCUGAAGUGAGGAGGCCACAGGCGCCACCUCACCCCCCCGGCGUCUCCGCCCAUCCCCCCCGCCUCCUC